AUGAACAAAGAAAUAGCGGAAUAUGAUUUGGAGGCAAGCUCAAAGGUCGAAAUAAAAAAAAAAAUAAAUGAAAAUAAGAGUGCCUUUGAAAAGAUAAAACCAUUUGCAGUGGGUGGAGCAAGUGGGAUGUUUGCAACAUUUUGUGUGCAACCACUUGAUAUGAUCAAAGUACGAAUUCAAUUAAAUGCUGAAGGGAAAAAUGCAAUUAAGAACCCGUUUAUUAUAGGAACAAAUAUAAUAAAAAAUGAAGGAGUAUUAUCUUUAUACAAAGGAUUAGAUGCUGGUCUGACUCGACAGAUUGUUUAUACAACAGGAAGAUUAGGAUUAUUUAGAACAUUUUCUGAUAUGGUGAAAAAAGAAGGGGAACCCUUACCAUUUUAUAAAAAAUGUUUUUGUGCAUUAGCUGCUGGAGGCUUAGGUGCCUUUUUAGGAAAUCCAGCCGAUUUAUCUUUAAUUAGAUUACAAGCAGAUAAUACCUUACCAAAAGAGUUGAAAAGAAAUUACACAGGUGUAUUUAACGCUGUAUACAGAAUUUCAAAAGAAGAAGGAAUUCUAGCGUUAUGGAAAGGAUCUGUGCCAACUAUUGCCAGAGCUAUGUCUUUAAAUUUAGGAAUGUUAUCAACAUAUGAUCAAUCAAAGGAAUAUUUAGAAAAAUAUCUCGGUGUAGGAAUGAAGACUAAUCUGGUUGCAAGUGUAAUUAGUGGAUUUUUUGCAGUUACUUUAAGUUUACCCUUCGAUUUUGUUAAAACUUGUAUGCAGAAAAUGAAAGUUGAUCCUGUUACCAAAAAAGUACCAUACAAAAAUAUGCUUGACUGUUCAUACCAAUUGUACAAAAAAGGAGGAAUAUCUAUCUUCUAUGCAAGUUAUGCUACCUAUUACGUGCGUAUUGCACCUCAUGCUAUGAUUACACUUAUUACUAUGGAUUACUUGAACAAUUUUUUAAAAAAGUUCACUUAG